GCCGCCAUGGGAGGGGAACCAUACCUCAGAUCUUGUGUUGUCUUCUGAGACUUCUGCAGAAGUUGUCCCGACGAUUCUUCCUCUAAGCAUUCUUCUCCUCCAAUCCCCAGGGUUUCUUUGUCAGAUCUGGAAGCGAAAAUGGAUGAUCCUCAAAUUGAAAACCAGAUCUCAGAUCUGUCUGCAGGAAGAACAAAACGGAGAAGAAAGAAACCUGGUGAUAAAAGUGCUUGUGGUCAGGCAAAGGUACCUAAAAUUGCACAUCAUUCUCAGCAGCAAGAAUACAUGGAGAUUGCAGAUAGAAGUCAUGACAACAAGGAAUCUAAAAUUGCACAUCAUUCUGAACAGCAAGAAUAUUUAGAGAUUGCAGACAGAAGUCAUGGCGACAAGGUGCUCAAAAAUUUGAAUCAGGGCAACACACAGAUGCAGCCAAAUAUACGAUCGUUCAAUGAGAUUUCUGAGGAAUCAGAUUUGUUCAUUCUAGGAAAGCAAAAUUUGAAUACAAGCAAUAUCAUGCUAGUACCACCAGGAGCAGGACAAUCUUACACAGAGCUAAUGCAACAAAUGACAGUAAUGAGUCAUCUACAAAGCGACAACAUGGCAAUACCUAUAACAAGUUUCACAUCAUUCUUGACUGCUGGCAUAAGCUCUGAGGAAUGUUGUAUUACUGCAAUAAAAAAUUUUAAAAUUGUUAGAAAUUAACUUACAUACAUUACUCAAAAGAAUUUGACAAAAAAAACUUAAGUUUCAACAUCAAUCAGCAGAACCAAGUGCGAGCAACAACAAUGGGCAACAACUAAUGAUUGGUUACAAUAUUCUUUACCUUUGGACCAAGAGCAUGAAGAUGACGAUGAAGGUAACAAUGAUGAAGAAGCAAAUAACAGUGAAAGUGAAUCUGAUGGUGAGCAUGAAGAUGAUGAUGAAGGUAACAAUGAAGGUGAAGCAAAUCGCAAUGAGACUGAAUCUGAUGGUGAGCAUGAAUUUGACUGCAACAGUGAUGAGAAUGGAAGUUAUGCAAAUGAAGAUUACACAGAGUGCAAUAGUGAUCAAAAUGAAACUGAUGCAGAGGAAGAAUACAUGGAAGAAAAUACAUUAUCGUCUGAUCAGUUGCUUGAGGAUCAACAACACUCAAAACUGCAACAGUUGGAACAAAGUUGGAAUCAUGACGAUUCAGUGUUUGAGGGACAAAUGAUGACAACUGAUCAACAAGUAAGAGCAGCGAGCUCUGAAACAGCUUUGCAAGGCUUUGAUUAUGCAGAAACAACUGAUACAGAUGGCACUAGUGGAAGCGAUGAUUCAGAGUUUGAAAAAGAACAAUAA